GUAAAGGUGCGCAAGCACAUUCUCGCAAGGGCGACCGAUUUUUUUUUUUGCAGAUAGAUCGAAUUUCAGCUUGACGCUUUUGCCAAAAAUGUACACUUUUGUGGCUUCGGAGCCUCUUUAGCGAGGAAAAACAAAAUGACGGCGUAUUUGCUCCGUCUCGUAGUCGCCUCUUGGCAGUGCUGGCAGGUCAGUACUUUUCUGGCCCAUAUCGUGGUCUUUGCUUCCGCCGAGGAAUUUUCCGCGAUGCCAACUCCUGCACUACGUGCAGACUUGUUCAUUAAAAAUCCCGCCCAAGGAGGGGAGCAAACAGCUCAAGGAAAAGCAUUAUUGGCUUUUGAGCAACUGGCCCGACAGUAUGAGCGCGACUAUCCGCGAACGAAUUUGACAAAGGUGUAUGUCGGCACUAGGAAGAACAGCGCGAAUAUUCGCGGUCUGUUUGCCAGGGUGAAGAUCGAAAAGAACGACAUUAUUGCCGUUAUCCCGCAAGAUUUGCUGUUUCCUUGCCCCGCACGGAGCGUGCCGUCCUGCGUUCACGGUUUUGCGGAAACGCUCCUGGCAGCAGACGAGCUACGAAAAAACACACCUGACGCCGCGGGGGAGCAUACGACAGCAGCGGAUGGAGAUACGCUCUCGGUGCUCGGACAUGAAGAGAAGUGCUUCGACAUUGAAGACACCGGUGGCGUCACCUCAACAUCUGCAGUGCCCACUGAAGAUCCCCAGAAGACAAAUGGUACGGCGCAAAUGAAUUCCACGCAACCGCCGGCACUGAUCGCCUCGUCUGCCUGCAAACGUAAAUCAGCUACGAAGCAAGACAAAACCUCGUUUCUGGACUACGCGAACUUUUUACCAUCGCUGGAAGAGUUUCAAGGCCUGUGGCGGCUUCCCGAGUCGAUCCUGAAGAACAUCCAGUCCUUCUCGGUCACUUUUGCGCAGGCGCUCGAUCGACAGAAGAACAUGGCGAGGCAGAAAUACGAAAAGCAAGACGCCUCUUCUUCUGUGGCGGGACCCCGACCGCAUUCGGAGCGGCAAGACAUUCCGAUGCCGGACGACGCACUGUUGCGUACGACGAGAACUGUUUUGCCCCAUUUUCGUAGUAGUUUGUCCGAGUCUUCCGUCUUUGCCUGCCCAUGUACGGCAUGCAACGCCUGAAAUCUGGAGACGUAGGGGCCUACGAAUCAGUAUGGAGCAGCGCAUGUGUGAGGAUGAAUGACUAUGCUGCAAAUUGUCAACCUCUCCGAAAAACUUGUUCCGUAGACCACUUCUGUAUGGCAGACGUCAGCACUUCAUUCUUAGAAGGGCCAAACUUUUCUUUUGCAUACAACGCGCUCACAUCCUCCUAGACCAGCGCGCCAUCCCGAUGUUUUCCGAGCGCAACAAAGUCGCCAUCAUCCCCUUCAUCGACAUGGCCAAUCAUGACCUCCAUCACACCAAUGCGGAGUGGGCGGGUUUCGAGGCGACGAGGAGUAAUCCGAUCGGUGCCGAGGCCGCGCGGGCAACGCAAACCAUAUUGCCUGGGGAGGAGAUACUGUUCAACUACUUUGCACCGAAAACGUUCACUGAGCAGCAGCGAAUCAAGGCGGGACUGCAACUGAGUAGAAAGCUAAUAACGCCGGAAUCCUUCCAAAGCGGCAACUCCGGAUCGCAAAACACCGAGAACGAGUUACUUGCCACGACGUUCAGCUUCUGCGAUCCUGCAUUGACCGGCAAAACCGAUGUAGGAUUGACCAGAAGCCGGUGUGAAGCCUGGCGACAGCGAAUGGAACCGUAUCGGAAAAUGCUGGAGACCCGCUUCUGGCCACAGCUGAAUUUGAUUAAGUGUCUGCAUGCAGAUCUGUGUGCGCAUGCAGAACUCUUUUAGCAGCUGACUUGUUUGUCUGCAGAUUCUGAGAAGACCAGUUUUUCAGUCGAAGCACUGCAGUCCUAGGGAAAAAUUAUAGUGAGCGUGCGCUUUGUUGUUACAAGCGUCGGAUCUUUUGCACUGUAGAAAAAUUCCAAGAUACUUGCAAAACACAAAUAGUAUCAACUCCCCACGUCGAAAAGCGUGUUUAUUUUCCUGCUCCGAAACAAGUGUCUUGCUGAGGACCUCUUUGUGGGCAACGUCAGAAUCUUUCAAAGUUUCCUCGUUGGGGGCCACUGUUUUGCCCUCCGGUUUUUCGUAGAACAC